AUGGCAGGUGACCUUCCACUUCCGGCAAGAUCGCAAAGUGUUCAUUCGAUAGACACUUUACUAUCAUGUGAUCCCGGGAGAGGAGUUAUCCAUAGAAGAAGAAAAAGAAAGAAGACUAAGACUAAGAAGAAGUCAAAGACGAAGACUAGGACUAGGACUAAGACUAAGACUAAGAAGACAAAAAAAGACGAAGAAGACGACGAAGAAUAUGAUGAAGACGAAAAAGAUGAAGACAAAGAAGAAGAAGAUGAAGAAGAUGACGAAGAAGAUGAAGAACAUGAAGACAAAGAAGAUGAAGAAAAAGAAGACGAAGAAGAAUAUGACAAAGAAGAUGACAAAGACGACGACGAAGAAGACGACGACGAAGACGACGAAGACGACGACGAUGAAGAAGAUGACGAAGAAGAUGAAGAAGACGAUGAAAAAUUUGAGGAAGACGAAGAAGAUGAAGACGAAGACGAAGAUGAUGAUGAAGAAGAAGAAGAAGAUGAUGAUGAUGAAGACGAAGAAGAUGAAGACGAAGAAAAUGACAAAGACGUGGAAGAAGACGAAGAAGAUGAAGACGAAGAAGAUGAAGACGAAGAUGAAGAAGACGAAGAAGACGAAGAAGAAGAUGACGAAGAAGAAGAUGAUGAAGAAGAUGAAGAACAUGAAGACAAAGAAAAUGAAGACAAAGAAGACGAAGACAAAGAAGACGAAGAAAAAGAAGACGACGAAGAAUAUGACAAAGAAGAUGACAAUGACAAAGACAACGACGAAGACGAAGAAGACGACGAAGACGACGACGAAGACGACCACGAAGAUGAAGAAGACGAUAAAAAAUAUGACGAAGAUGAAGAAGAUGAAGACGAAAAAGAAGAAGAUGAUGAUGAAGAAGAAGAUGAUGAUGAAGACGAAGAAGAUGAAGACGAAGAAAAUGACAAAGACGUGGAAGAAGACGAAGAAGAUGAAGACGAAGAAGACGAAGAAGACGAAGAAGAAGAUGACGAAGAAGAAGAUGAUGAAGAAGAUGAAGAACAUGAAGACAAAGAAGAUGAAGACAAAGAAGACGAAGACAAAGAAGACGAAGAAAAAGAAGACGACAAAGAAUAUGACAAAGAAGAUGACAAUGACAAAGACAACGACGAAGAAGACGACGAAGACGAAGAAGACGACGAAGACGACGACGAAGACGACCACGAAGAUGAAGAAGACGAUAAAAAAUAUGACGAAGAUGAAGAAGAUGAAGACGAAAAAGAAGAAGAUGAUGAUGAAGAAGAAGAAGAAGAUGAUGAUGAAGACGAAGAAGAUGAAGACGAAGAAAAUGACAAAGACGUGGAAGAAGACGAAGAAGAUAAAGACGAAGAAGAUAAAGACAAAGAAGAAGACGAAGACGAAGAUGACGAAGACAAAGAAGAAGAAGAAGCAGCGUUGUUUUAUUCUAAAAUGUCAGAAAGCGGUAACGCAGAUUUAUUCAAAUGCAAAUACAUAUAUUAA